CGCCAACAGCGUUGUAAUCGAGACCACCGAAAUUUUAGUAGUGACAGCAAUAGAGUACCACCCAGUGAAGGGUGCCGAAUUUUACGAAAUGCGAGCAGUGGGAGCAAUUUUGAUAAGUUUAGUACUGACAACAGCAGUAAUUGGAAAUGCAUAUUACCAGAAGAAACAAUUUUAUCCCUCUGUUGUGUAUAUCACGAAAUCAAAUCCUAGCAUGGCGGUAAUUUAUCUGCAAGCAUUUAUUCUUGUGAUACUAAUGGGCAAAUUAAUGCGGAAAGUAUUUUUUGGUCAGUUGCGAGCUGCAGAAUUUGAGCACUUGAUGGAACGGUCUUGGUAUGCAGUUACUGAAACAUGUCUGGCAUUUACAGUUUUCAGAGAUGAUUUUAGCCCUAAAUUUAUUGCCCUAUUCACGUUGCUUUUAUUCUUAAAAUCUUUCCAUUGGCUUGCUGAAGAUCGUGUGGACUAUAUGGAACGAAGCCCUGUAAUUUCUUGGCUAUUUCAUAUUCGUGUAUUGUCUCUCCUACUUAUGUUGGGUUUUCUGGACACACAUUUUGUUUGUCAUGCCUACCAAUCCACCGUGACCAAAGGAGCAUCUGUGCAAUUAGUGUUUGGAUUUGAAUAUGCUAUUCUGCUUACAAUAAUUGUAAAUAUACUAAUCAAAUAUGCAUUGCACACUGUUGAUUUAAAUAGUGAAAACCCAUGGGAAAACAAAGCUGUGUUUUUAUUGUAUACAGAGCUUGUUAUGGGAUUUUUCAAGGUUCUCCUAUACUUGGCAUUUGUAGUAAUAAUGGUUCGCAUCUACACUUUACCUUUGUUUGCAUUAAGGCCUAUGUACUACACAAUGAGGGCAUUCAAGAAAGCAUUCAAUGAUGUCAUUUUGUCACGUCGUGCCAUACACAAUAUGAAUACCUUGUAUCCUGAUGCAACACCAGAGGAACUUGCGGCAGCUGACAACGUGUGCAUAAUAUGUCGUGAAGAAAUGGUAACUGCAUCUAAGAAAUUGCCUUGUAAUCACAUUUUCCAUACAUCGUGUCUGAGAUCUUGGUUCCAAAGGCAACAGACAUGCCCCACCUGCCGACUCAACAUCUUGCGGACUCCCACUGCCCCCUCACAUGCUCCUCCUCCACAGCCUGCAGCCGCUCCUGCAGCUGGGGGCGCUGCUGGGCCAGCACCUGCAGGUGUGGCCCCACCCGGACUGGCUGGUGUGAACCCCUUCCAGCCUUUCGGCGGGCCAGGUCCUAUCUGGCACAUGUGGCAGCAAGCAGCUGCCGCAGCAGGUCAGAGGGCUGGAGAUCAGCAACAACAGCAACAGCAACAGCAGCCAAGGCAACAGCAGCAACAAUCUUCAGGCAGCGGCUCAGUGCCUCCUCCUCCAAUGCCACCUGCAAACUUUGCUGGGUUGUCUUUGGAAGAACUGCAGAGAAUGGAAGGACAUGCAAGAGAGAAUGUAGAAGCAAGAUUACAAUGUCUACGCAAUAUUCAACUUCUUCUUGAUGCCUCUGUGACAAUGAUGCAUCAAUACUCCAUGGUAGUUCAGUCAACUGCCAGAAUGCCUCCUCCUUCAUCACCACCUCAGGCUUCUACAUCAGCUAAUAAUACAUCUUCAGAACCUGUUCCAAAGCCAUCAGUUACACCAGCAGAAACAAGACACAAGUUUGAAAAAGGUGACAAUUUGGAAGGAGCAGCUGGACCAUCAAUAAAUACAACAACAACUCCUACUACUACAACUACAGAGACUGGUAAUUCUGAAGCAAGUCCUGUUAAUGACGAAACCAGAGAACAACAAGAGAUUCGACGUCGAAGAUUGCAGAAAUUUGCUCAAACAUCUCAGACAACAGAAUGAAUUCUUGUGACUUGAUAAAUAUACUUUUGAGACUUUAAUUCGUGCAAAUUUCUGAAUCGAGAGUGAUGUUCAUGUUUGAUUGUGAAAGUAUCUGCCAUGUGGUAAAUGCACUGAGUACUAUGAAAUUCAAUAACUUCAAACUGUUCCUCUGAAGAUUAUGGCCCUUUUAUAUGCAGAAAUAUACAGUGUAUAUUGAAAAACGUACUUGAUAUUUUUCAUAAUGACAUGCGUUUCCUCUUUUAGAUGUAAAAUUGUAUGUUGUGUCGAGUGCUGGAAUUGAGGGGUACUGUGUUGUGCAUUUUGUGUUUUGCUGAUAAUGUAUUAUAUUUAAUCUGUCUUGUAUUAUACUUUAAUAGUGUUUAUAUUUUAAAUUGUAUAUUGGUACUGUUUAAAAUGUAUUUAAAAGAAAUAAGUGUACAUACACUAGAUGACCAGUGUGUAUUGUGUGAGUUGGGUGGGAUUGGUGUAAUUGACAGGUUGAAUGAAUGUCAUGGGAUAUGGGAGAGGGUAGAAGGGUUUAUUUCAGUUUGCCUUAUUACAUUUGAUUUCUUUCUAGUGGAAAAGACAAAAAAGUUUUCUCUGAUAUUUCCAUCAUUGUUUCGUAAUACUUUUUUCACCUUUGCUGAUGUUUAUUUUAUGUAGAGGUUAUUUGUGAUUCCUCUUAAGUAGGGAAUGUGAAUGUUAGUUGUAAUUUCUAUGGAGUGACAUCACAAACCCACAAUACCAAAUGACUAUUCACAUUAUAGAAAUGAUGUUUUGCAUUGUGUUCAUUGUAUGUAGUGUGCCUUUGUUUGAAUCUAUUGUCUAUGAUUAUUUGACUCUUUAUUUUCAAUUCAAGCAUAUCAAGUUGGUUCAAAGUUGGAAAGAUUUUAUUUUGUGAAGACAUCUACCAGAACAAUUUCUGCAUAGCUGUGUGUGAGUUAGUUGAGUGAUCACUUUGUACAUAAAUAUACAUAUAUAAUUAGAAAAUAUUUCAUGGAAGGUAUGAAAUGUCUUUCACUAUUGCUAAGUUGAAGAUUUUUCUAAACCGGAUUUUUUUUUUUUUAAUGUGUACUGAUCAAGUUGCUCAUUAAAUGUAUUGGUUGUAAUUUCUUUUUUUUUUAAUGCUUGCUUUGAAAUAAUUUAAAUUUAUAUGUAAAAAGAAAAAAAGGUUAUCAUGGUUUAUAUAAAGUUAUUUGUAGUACAAAGUUAUACUCCCACAGAAACAUGCUCUUCAGAGAAUUAUAUUCUUGAAUUUAAAACUGACCUUGAAAGUCAUUGUAUAGAAAUGUUGCUACAGUAAAACUUAAACAGUUGUAAUUUCCUCUUAUUUUGAAAUUUUGUUAUCAUAUAAUUAUGAUAUAAUUCUGGAACAUAUCAUUCACCAAUUCAGUUCAGAAUUUAAUUUGUAAUUCUUAAGAUUUCACCAAAAGUUUUAAAAUUUUUUGUAUUGCAGUACUGUUGAAAUGAAUGUUUUGAAUUAAUUUUCUAAUCACCCAUAAUUAAAAAUUGUUCUUGCUAGCUUACUAUGUAAUUUUGCUAGUAAGUUGUUGAUCUUGUUCCAUUAUACAAAUAUUUUUAUUAACUUAAGAAUAAAAUGUGAUGUUAAAUGGUAUCUUCCAAUACAAAAAUGCUACAAACUUACAAAAUGUCAACUCUGAAAAGUACACAAUAAACUAAAUGCUGUUGCAUGUUGAUGGAUUAGUAAUUCAUGCUUUCUUUCAAAAAACAAUCCUGGUAGUAAAAACAUGUUAGUUCUCAUAGGAAUUAUAAAGGGCAAAAUUAUGGUUGAAUUUUAUUUUUAAUUAAUAGGUAAUUUUUAUUGACAUGCCUAGAAUCAGGCCAUUAGACUAUCUUGGUCGACUAUUGCAGUGAUUUUGGAUUAUAAAUUUACUCCGAGAAAAAUUAAUAUUUUGAGGAUGUUCUGAUGUUUUGUUAAGUUGAGAUGACAAAGAUGGGAUUAAAGGUGACUGGAAUGUUAUGUUCCUGAGUAAUAUAAACUUAAUCAUGUGGCAAAAUGGAAUCCUUUCUAUUUAUGUGGUAUUAGUAAACCAACUGUCAAUUCCUGUGACACAUCUGCUUUGUUAAUAUGGGAACUAGUCCAGGCAAAGCAUUAGAGUUUUGGGUCAGUGUUAUAGAUUAUGUUUUGGAUGUGGUUUAUAAUAAAGAAAAUUAUUAAUAAUAAAGAUUAAGUUUGUUGGAUCAUAACGCACUGUAUAUAGCUGGGUGAGAGGAGGAGGGGGAGAUUUGUUUGCACUAGAACUACUGUCACUGCCCU